AUUUUAUACCACAAAUAUUCAUUAGCAUUUAAAACACAUUAGUAAUAUUCAAUAUAUAUCACACCUAUCAACAUUUAAAAGGGUAAGAGUCCAUGUAUUCAAAUCCAUAAUUGUGAAACCCACAUGAGAGAGAGAGAGAGAGAGAGAGAGAGAGCACCCCGGCUUGGCAGAGGAGGGCUACCUCUGCAGCAUGCAAUGAAGCAAAGAGAUAGAGAGAUGGGAGACCAGGUUGUCAAUGGAAGAGGAAGGAUAUGAUAUUUCUCAUCAGUCACCACUGACACGAAAUCAUUGCAGUCCUUCCGUUGUGAGGUUAGCGAUGAAAUACUCUCAACCUUCCCACAUGAGAGAGAGAGAGAGAGAGAGAGAGAGAGAGAGGAGCACCCCGGCUUGGCAGUGGCAGAGGCAGAGGGCGACCUCUACGGCAUACAAUGAAGCAAAGAGAUAGAGAGAUGGGAGACCAGGUUGUCAACGGAAGAGGAAGGAUAUGAUAUUUCUCGCCGUCACCACAAUGGCACCACUGACACGAAGGCAUGGCAGUCCAUCCGUUGUGAGUGUGAGCCAGGUGAUUGAAAGGCACAAUCAGCAUCCACAGACUCCAGAGAAACCAGAACCACCAUCUCUGGAGCUGCAGCUGGAGAACAGCACCUGUGCAGCCUUGAGCAAAGAAAUUGCCCAGCAGACUCAGAGGCUGAGGCAAAUGAAAGGAGAAGAGCUCCAGGGAUUAAAAAUAGAAGAAUUGAUUGAACUAGAGGAAUUACUUGAAGCAGGUCUGUGCAGCGUCAUGGAAGAAAAGGCUGAAAGAAUUCGAACAGAGAUCAGUGACCUCCAGAGAAAGGGAGACCUGCUGUGGGAAGAGAAUGAAAGGUUGAGAAAGGAGAUGGAGAAUAUUUCUGAAGCACAACCUCUUCUUCAACAGGGCCACUCAUCUGAAUCAAUCACAAAUAAUAUUUGCAGCUUAUCAGAUCGUAAUCAAGGCCUUCACAAUUCUGAUACUUCUCUCAAGCUGGGGUUACCAUUCUCCAACUGAAUCUGAAUGGGAUGGAGAAGCAAGAGGGAUGAAUGCCUUAGAGAAACGAAGAAUAAAGAGUGGAGAGGCAUGGGGAAUAAACGGCGGAGCUUAAUCAUUUUCAAAUAAAAGACAUACAAUUUGAUGGCAUCUCUCUAUUUCUAAUAUUUACGCUCUAUGUAAUCUGCAGCUACUUCAUCCCAUGCUACUCAGAAGUCAGAACUGCCUUAUUGUACAUUUUUAGACGCUUUAGGGUGUAAGGCUGAUGGCAUCAUCAAGGUGCUCUCUUGGAAACUGUACUUUAGUUGUGGAAGUUUCUAGAAGUUGACUAUAUAUAUGAAUGGAAUAUUUAAGUUCCAUAUGAAAGUAUAUUUUUAUUAUUA